AUGUUCUUUCCUAUUACUGUGUUUUUUGCUUGCUUCUUUGGUCUGUCAGCUGGUGCUGAUGAAGUUCUAUCAGUUCCUGGUGCACGAAUAUUCGAUGUUUGCUAUGGUGAAUAUGGAUGUUUUACAAUAAGACCACCAUUUGGUGCAACACUGCAACGUCCAAUUGCAGUUUUGCCCGCUGCAGCUAGCGUCGUUGGCACUAAAUUAUUCCUAUAUACCAGGGAUACACGAAAAAAUCGUACGGAAAUCAGCCGCUUCACAACGCUUGGUCCAUGGAGUUCUAGUAAACCAACUAAACUUUUAAUUCAUGGUUUUAUUGAGCGUGCAGAUUCACAAUGGUAUAUAGAUAUGAAAAAUGCCAUCCUUACUGUCGAUGACGUUAAUCUGAUUAUGGUAGACUGGACGCAAGGUAAUGGUUUUCCAUAUGACCAAGCUUCAGCAAAUACUCAAAUGGUUGGCGCCGAAGUUGCUCUUUUCAUCAAUUAUUUGAUUAAACAACAUGGAUCUAAACCAACUGAUUUUCAUAUUAUUGGUCAUUCUCUUGGUGCUCAAGCUGCAGGCUAUGCUGGAUCACGAGUUCCUGGCUUGGGUCGUAUUACUGGAUUGGAUCCUGCUGGUCCCUCUUUUGAAAACACAGAUCCAAGAGUUCGUUUAGAUCCUACAGAUGCUUUGUUCAUUGAUGUUAUUCAUACUGAUGGUGCUCAUAAUCUUCUUCUCGGACUCGGUACUCUUCAAAGAAUGGGGCAUGCUGAUUUUUAUCCUAAUGGUGGUAUGGAUCAACCUGGUUGUCCGAAAACACCAGGAAAAAUAAUAAAUCUUAUUCUUCAACUCGGAACAAUGAACAUUGACGGCUUUUCAGCAACAGCAUUGUGCAGUCAUGUAGCUUCUGUACGCCUUUUCACUGAUUCAGUUCUCAACCAGUGUCCAUAUGUAAGCUAUCCAUGUACUAGCAUGGAUGACUUUAAUGCUGGCAAAUGUUCAUUAGACUGUGAUGGACGUACUCGUCAUUGUAAUCGAAUGGGUUAUUGGGCUUCACCAAGUGAUGGUAAUGGCAGUUUGUACUUAAAAACUCAAGAUGCCAGCGCUUUUCCUUAUUGCAUUAAUCAUUACCAAAUCACUCUCUACUCAGGCUCAGACUAUUCACAAACACGCGGAAAAGUAAGUAUUACACUUCAUGGCACUUUGAAUACAGUUACAGUUGUAUUCGACAAUGAUCAAACAGUAUUCAAAAGUGGUUCUGUUGAAACCCGUCUCAUUCCCUUAGCUAUGGAUAUUGGUACUGUGACUAGCAUUGGAGUCAGUUUCAGCAAGACUACUAAUUUGUUACUACAAUUAUUCAAUUCAGCUUCAUGGAAAUUUACUAACGCCGUUGUACUCGAUGGUGACAAUAGAAACAGACGAGCAUUCUGCCCUACACAAUCAGUUAUUACAUCUGGUUCUUCUACUGACUUUAUUGCUUGCUGA